UGGUACGUCAAUACUAUGAAGUACAAGUCUACGACGAGUUCGUGAUCAGCGGCAACACAGCGGUCAUCAAGUGCCACGUCCCUUCCUUCGUGCGGGAUUACGUGAGCGUCACUUCUUGGAUCAGAGGGAAUGGCGAGAGAAUAGUUUCAGAUGUACUAACAGGUGAACAGGGAAGAAGUUGGUAG